ACCCUUUCGCCAUUAUGGGUUUCUUGAGAGCGCUAGAUAGACCAUACAUCAACCCGUUCUACCACUCCCAAGCCGAUGAAGAACCCGAUGACGUCGUCAAAGAAGAAAAUGGUUUGAGCUCCUCGAGCAGUCCGAGUGAUCAACCUCCACACUAUCAGGAAAACUAUGGCCCGAACAAGACUGCCACAUCUGCACCUGGCGCUGCGUAUGAUGGCGAGCAAGUCGACCCUGACUACCAAACUGGAGUCAAGAAAGCUGAAGGUGUCACUCUUGCCUGGGACAAGCGAGCACUAUGGUUGACCUACAUCUGCACUCUGCUACAUUUCCAUGACAUCCCAUUGACGUGUGGCAGGANUUUAUGUUGUAUCGCUUUAAUGUCGACAAUUACUGGUUACUUGGGCAAUUACGCCAAUGCUAGUUUCAGCACAUCGCAGCUUCUGUCAGUCAGCUCUGUAAUGAGCUCUAUCAUCGGCGGUGUGUUGCGUUUGCCAACCGCCAAAAUCAUUGACAUCUGGGGACGUGCCGAAGGUUUCUUCGUCAUGAUGUGUAUCACCAUCAUCGGACUGAUCAUCUUCGCUGCCUCUCACAACGUCCAGACUUAUGCCGCUGCUUCGGUCAUCUACUACAUUGGCUACGAUGGCAUGUACUAUGUCAUGACCGUCUUCAUCGCCGACACCACCAGGCUGAAGCACCGAAUCCUCAUGCUGGCCAUUUCUCAGACGCCUUUUAUCUGUACCGCUUUCACCACUCCUUACGCUGUCUCGAGCUUCGUCAACGGCGCUGGAUGGAGAUGGGGAUAUGGAACGUUUGCCAUUGUCACUCCUGUGGCCUGCCUUCCACUUUGCGGUGUCUUCCUCUACUAUCAACGCAAGGCCGCAGCGAUGGGCUUGUACAAGAAAACCGAAUCACCUUCUCUUGGAUUCUACGGAACGAUCGCACAUUACUGGGUCGAGUUCGACGUGGUCGGUGUCUUCUUGCUAGUUGCAGGAUUCGUUCUGUUUUUGCUACCUUUCUCCCUUGCGACCUCGGUUGCUGGACAAUGGAAGAGUGCUAGCAUCAUCUGCAUGCUGGUCAUUGGCUUUGUCAUUCUAUGUCUGUUCCCUGUGUGGGAGCGUUUCGGUGCCAGCAAGCCCUUCCUACCAUGGGNNGAGAGACUCAAGGACCGCACCAUUUUUGGUGCUGUUCUCUGUAUCUGCAGUCUUUACGCAGCUUUCUAUUGCUGGAACCUCUACUACUACACAUUCAAUCAGGUGGUUCUUGGCCUUAGUACUACCAACGCCACGUAUAUGGGAGAAAUCUAUACUGUCGGCUCAUGCUUCUUUGGCCGCUACAAGUGGAUCGCACUCGUCUCUGUGCCGCUCUACAUGAUCGGCACUGGUUUGAUGAUUUACUUCAGACAACCUGGCGUGGCUCCCAGAUAUGUCGUCUGUGCACAGAUCUUUGUCGCAUACGCCGGAGGCACUCUGGUACCUUGCCAUCAGGUCGCCGCUCUGGCUGCCGGUACCCACGCAGAUUUCGCAACAACUCUUGCUCUUCUCUACCUGGCUUCAUCGGUCGGUGGUGCAAUCGGUGACUCUAUCGCUGGUGGUAUCUGGACAAAUGUCUACCCUGUAGAGCUGAACAAGCGUCUACCAGCCGACAUCGCAACAUCAGUCUACGCAAACUACCUCAAGGCACUCGACUACCCUCCUGGCAGCCCGACUAGAGAUGCAAUCGGCGUUGCGUUCGGUAUUGCCCAGAGAGACAUGUGCAUUGCAGCUACUUCCAUCACAGCGCUUACGUUCAUCGCCGUUUGGAUCUGGCGCGACAUCAACCUCGGCAACAAGAAGCAGAUUAAAGGCGUUGUUGUC